GGACUCACUGCGAACCCGCCCAGGCAGGAGGAGGAGGAGGAGGAGUCCCGACGGCAGCCCGGCGGACCGACUCGCGAUGGACGGGAACGACGCGCGGUGGAGACACUACUAAAUCGUGAGGGACAUGAUGAUCCGUUCGGUACGGCGGUUCGGCACCACUACGAAGCGGAGCCGGCGGAGGAGGGGGGAGGAGGAAGAGGAGGAGGGAGGAGGAGGAGGAAGGGGGAUGAUGAUGAUGAGGAGGAGGAGGGGGUGGGGCUGAAAUUGAUGCUCCGACCCGGGCAGAGACUGUGUCCACACAGGAGAGUGCAGAGCGCCGCGCUGUGUUAUUCACCGAGGCCGAAACCGUGCGGCUGAACUAAGAGCUCGAAACAGGAAAGGAAAAGAAAAAAAAAAAAAAAAACCGAGCAAAAAAGUACUUCGAAUUGCGGGAAAUGUUUACAGAAACCCCCCACCCCCUCUUCGCUCCGUACUCCGUAUUGUAGGAACCUGAUUGCAGCGGACGCACCCGGAAGCUGUGUGAAGGAGCGCAACCAGCGACACCAACUUAGCGGAAGUGCCUCUGCUGGAACCUGGCACGCGCGCUCGUUGGCGCCACCCGGUGGCGCGGAGGACUUCUCUUAAAGCGGGCAACUCCGAUGUGGACGAAAUAGAUGGCGGUCAAACGCGGCGCUGCGGUCCGAGACAGAGAUGUUGGAGCGACACCUGAGUCGCCUGGACCCCCGCCCGCGUGCCCCCGAGGCCGAGACGGAGGCCUCCCCGGCUGCGCCUCACGCGGACACGGCAGCGGGACAUGGAUGGAAGCUGAAGGCCAGGACGGCGGCUCAGGAGAGGCUGCAGCGCCUGACAGUGGAGCAGAAGUGUGAGGUGGCUCAGAAGGAGCUCGAUGAGAUGCGGGGGGACCUGCAGAAACUCAAGGCUACUUCCGAGAGGGUGCUGAACAACUACAGGGCCACCCUGGAGGAGGCGGAUAUCCACCUGGUGGAGAUAAAGAAGGCCAAUAACGAGUUUGACCGGCAUAUUGCAAAGGCUUUUCGGGAGAAGAGCGGCAUCCUGAUGGGGGCAGAGAAAGUCGUCCGUUACUUGGACCGCAGGAUGAGAGCAAAGGAUGCUCUGGUGGAGAAACUUCGUCUCAAAAACGCAGACUUAAAGGUGCAGAAGCGAAAACUGCAGAUGCAGCUGCAGGAGAAGGAGGAAUUGGAUGAGGCAUUGCACGAGGUGGACUUCCAGCAGUUGAAGAUAGAGAACAGCCAGUACCUGGAGCACAUCGAUGAACGCAACCAGGACCUGCUUUGCUGCAAGCUGACAGCUGGGAAGGCUCUUCAGGUCCUCAACUCACAUAAGAAAAAGCUACAGAGUAUGAUGGAUGAGUCGAAGUUGCUGAGCAGUGACAUUGCUGCCCGAAGGCAGAUCCUGGGGAAGAUCGAGGCAGAGACAGUACAAGCCGAGAAGGAACGCUCCAAAGCGGAGGCCCUGAACCAGAGGCUCCGCAGCCAGCUAGAAAAAUUCCACGUGCCUCAUGUAUUGGAGUACGUCACAGCCAAGACAACUCAUAGUGAGCUGGAGCAGAAUGUACGGGCCUGGGAGCGCAAGGUCGAGAUCUCAGAGAUGGUACUGAAGACACACACCAAGGCCUGGAACAAAUUGCGAAUGUCAACCGCAGUCGCCCCAGUUAUGUCCCAGUGAACACAUCCUGCUUUCUAUGUCCAGAGACAAACUCACUCCUCAUACGCACCUCCAGAACAAUCUUGCCUGUUUCCCCUUGUAGUAAAGUAGUAAAAUUACUAAAUAAGUAAAACAACAUUUUGAAUUA